AUGAACUCUUUCAGUUUCUCUCCCACUCCAGAAAGCAUCCCCCCUCAGAACGUCAAUUUUCUCCUGAAAACACCCCCAAACUUACCCGUAUACCGCCAUGUCCUUAAUCCCCUCGGAUUCCUUCUGCGUGCCGCCCAGAUAUAUCCAGACAAGAUUGCGUUGACACAUCCUGAUACACCAUUUCCGGUUCAGUACACAUACGCCAUUUGGACACAACGCGUUCAGAACUUGGCCUAUGCUCUUCUCAAAAUAGGGAUAAAACCGGGAGAUAGAGUUGCAGUCAUUGCUCCGAAUACGCCUUUGAUAGCUGGUCCGCACUUUACAGCUCUUUCUGGUCGUUUUACAUCAUUCUGA